CUGUGUGACUGCAUGGAUCUUUUGUUUGUUUCAGACCUGGAGGUGAACUAUGGCCCGUACAAAGCAGACCGCUCGUAAAUCCACUGGAGGAAAGGCGCCUAGGAAGCAACUGGCCACCAAAGCUGCCAGGAAAAGCGCGCCCUCUACUGGUGGUGUGAAGAAGCCCCACAGAUACAGGCCCGGUACUGUUGCUUUGCGUGAGAUCCGUCGGUACCAGAAGUCCACUGAGCUGCUUAUCAGGAAGUUGCCAUUCCAGCGUCUGGUCAGAGAAAUUGCCCAGGAUUUCAAGACUGAUCUUCGUUUCCAGGGUGCAGCGAUAGGUGCUCUGCAGGAAGCCAGUGAGGCAUAUUUGGUGGGCCUGUUUGAAGACACCAACCUCUGUGCUAUUCAUGCAAAGAGGGUUACCAUCAUGCCCAAGGAUAUUCAACUGGCCAGGCGAAUUAGAGGAGAGCGUGCAUAGAUUUUUUUUUUUUUUUUUUUUGCCCUUUUGAUUUUUUGGGGGGGGGGGGGGGGGGGGGAUUUGGACUGGGAUGGCUCCUUUUUUGUGUAAUGUAAUUUUUUUAGCUUCACACUUUGUCCAUAGAUUUUCACAGCUGUAAAUGUUGUUUUCCUGCUGUUUUUUUUUUUUAGCUAUCGCUAAAUCCUGUGUGUGCAUGUCAUAGGAUUUCUGUAAAUAAACUAUCCGCUACCUCA